ACAUGGAAGUACACGCUAAUGUUGUCGGAAUCUCAUUUCUUUGCUACUAAUUUUGGGAAUGUGUACAUAUUAAUUCAAACGUUAAUCCGUAAGAAUGCUCAUAUCAUUGGUCGUUUUAAAGUUUGAGAUUGAUGACGAUUAUUCUCUUUCCGACACAUAUUCAUACACAGCAUUAAAGUAUGUGAUGGCACAAACGGAGGGUGCAGUCUCCUCUACAUCACCCAGUGGAGAAUCCUCUGAACCACAUCUGCAAGCAUUCACAUAUGCUGAUGUCGUAUCCGAGACAAAGCUGACCGCAGAACGACUAAAGGCUCUACGUGGGAAACGAGACAUGCAGGAAAUCUCUAUUGAAACUGUAUAUGAAGAAGGUGUGGCUACUGACAGUGAUGGAGCCCCGGCUGCAAUAGCCACGCCGCUUGAAGAUGCAACGGAGAUUUCUGAGCAUGGUUCCAUCACUGACGAUGUACAAGUAGCUGCAGGAGCAGAUAACCUUGAUGCAUGGAAGGUCGUUAACAGAGGACCUGUGCCCGAUUUUAGGCCGCAGAGGAAGCAGUCGUGUGAGCAGCUGAUGUCGUCGGAAUUGUCACGAGCUUCGUCGGAAGAGACCACACAUUCGUCACGACCCAGCAGCGGAAAGUCACGGCACGGCAGCGACAGUCCGACCGCUCGCUUGCUGCCGGCAAAGAUCCCCUUCUACAGUGGUAACCCAGCAGUCGAGGUGACAAAGGGAAUCCUACAUCUGUUUAAGGAAAAUCAGCUGAUUUCGCUGAAAGAUGAGGUUGCUCGAAGUGAGAUGGUGUGUAUGCUCGCCGUGCCAGCGUUCCUGUCUGCCCACGACAUCCUACAAUUCACGGCCCCUGUCAGGCCAAACAUUCAGUACAUCAGGAUAAUCCGCAACCAGACGCCCAACGAAUACAUGGUUCUAGUGAAGUUUCAUCACCAGAGUCACGCCGAUGAGUUCUACAAGACGUUCUCUGGAAUUCCGUUCAACUCGCUCGAGCCAGAUCGAUGUCAUCUAGUCUACGUCUCUAAGGUGGAGAUCCAGAGUUCUCAGGAUGCAAACGUGCUAGAGCCUGGACUCACUGAGCUACCAACAUGUCCCGUGUGUCUGGAGAGAAUGGAUGAAUCUGUGAACGGAAUCCUAACGAUUCUUUGCAACCAUUCUUUUCACGAUGGUUGCCUAUUCAAAUGGUCUGACUCAACCUGUCCUGUAUGCCGCUAUACACAAACUCCGGAACAGGUGGCUGACAACAACUGCUUUCAGUGUGGACACAAGGAGGAUUUGUGGUUAUGUCUCAUAUGUGGCCACGUUGGUUGUGGGAGAUAUGCCCAAGCACACGCUUUCAGGCAUUUCGGAGAGACGCAGCACACCUACUCCAUGCAGCUGGGGGCUAACAGGGUGUGGGACUACGUAGGUGACAACUAUGUUCACCGGCUUCUGCAGAACAAGACCGACGGCAAGCUUGUGCAGUACGAGGCGCGUGGAGAGAGUGAUCUACAGGAUGAGAAGCUAGACUCUAUUACCUUAGAGUACACGUAUCUUCUCACAAGUCAACUAGAAUCUCAGAGGCUUUACUUUGAGGACAAGAUGAGUUUGAUUGAGAGGGAUGCCUAUGAUAGGAUUGCUGAGCUGGAGAGUCGAGCGAAGUCGGUGGUGGAAGAAUGUGAGAAGCUUCAGCAGCGUGUGAACACACUGAGCAAGGAAAAGCAAGGCUUGGACAAGAAGAACACGAACUUGCUGACAAAAUUUAAUAAAGUUAUGGCUGAGCUUCAAGAGGAAAAGGAGAUGAACAAGUUUUUGAGGGAGAACCAGCAGCAGUGGCAGGAUAAGGUCACGCGGCUGGAUUACCAGAUGAGAAGCAUGUCACUGGAAAGAGAUACUGAGAUCGCGGAUCUGAAGGAGCAGCUGAGGGAUGUGAUGUUCUAUCUGGAGGCUCAGGAUAAGAUCAAGCAGGUGCCGGAAGAUGCUCGGCACGACAUCGAGGACGGUCAUGUAACCGUCGGCGCCGCCGCUCCCUCUCCCUCGCAGGGAAGCAGUCGCCGCGGGCGACGGAAAAAAUAGCCGGGCGUCAAGUUCUCCUCGGGUGAGCUCGUUUUUGUAUAUAUAUAUUAUGUCGAUGGUUGCCUGUGACGGAUUCCCUGGACAGAGUGGGUUGCUGGUACGUUGCUGUGAGUAAUGUAAUGUUAGUAAUGGUGCGGUGUGACGUCGCACGCAAGGGUGCGUCCCGUUCUGGAAAAUGAAUCCUGAAAUUAUGACGUUGCAUAUCCCGGAUGUUUUAGUGAUGAUGGGAGGCAGACGUGUUGCUGUCGUGUUGGUGCUGCAAUGUCUGGACUGUUGGUGCUGCAAUGUCUGGACUGUUGGUGCUGCAAUGUCUGGACUGUUGGUGCUGCACUGUCUGUCUGGGACAAUGCAAGUAUUCCGCGCGUGAACAGGAAAACACGGCGAGGUUGUGAAAUGCGCUUUUAUGGGAUUUAUUACAAGACGUUGCUAGUGUAUUUAUUCUCGUAGGUUACCCAUCAGUAACUCCUCUAUGUAACUCAAUCGUAAAUUAAAAGUGAAAAGAGACGUGACUCCUCUAGUCUAAGCUAGUAGAAGCAGAGGCUUUGCUAUCUGGUGGUGGAGAACAGUUGGUGGAGAACGCAGGGUUCUUCCCAGGCCUUUAACGCAGGUCGGUUCCGGCAUGCCUUCACAGCUAAAGCUAAUUUGUGACACAUCCCAUACAUCCUACGACAUGCCUUAAUUUUCUAAUUGACGUGCCUUAAUUUUCAGCUGCGUUUACUUUUGAUCAUGACAAUCACACACACAAUCAUGUUGUGUUUUCAUGGCUUGAUAUAUAUGUCUCUAAAUUGACUGAGUUUAUCUGGGUUUUUUUUGGGGGGGGGCGCUUGCAAUACCCGUGAUUGACUCUGAUUAGCAAUGAGGGAUAUAUUGCUCUAUUGCCCGGCAUGCCUUCAGAAAUUGCUAGGGAGUACCCUGGAAUGUAUGAAGUGAUGUUAUUCCCUCUGUGAUGGGAGAAUUGUUACACUUGGAGAUGUCUCGUUGCGGCUUAAAACUGUAAAGGUUUGUCAAAACCAAUAAGUCAUACAGUGUCAUAUAGAUAAUUGGAGAUGUAAACUUCAUUACGGUACUCCAUGCCUAAUAUGUGUAUAAUGUCGCUCAAUUAUAUACAAUAUAGUUAAUGAAAUCGCGUACUAGACACGUGUGCUGUCUAAACACAAGGUUUAGUUGUUCGUUAAAGAACAACUCACUGGUUACAGUGUAUUUAAUGUGUGUUAUGUCAAUGUCAGUAGCAGCCAGCCAAUUAGUAAACCGCUCAAAAAAAUUGGGUAACACGGGUUAUUUCGUAUACCGACGUUACAAUGGGUGAGUGUGUGACUCGAUUUAAAUGACGUAAAGGUCCAACCAUGGUGAUUUAUUAGGAAAUCACAGUUUAAUCUGAUUAUUGUUGAUAACAUUGUUGAAGCCUCACGUUACGUGAUGAAAAUUAAGUAAGGUUGGUAAGAGAAUUCAUGUUAACGGUAUAUCUUCUGCUUCCAUGCUUGUUCUUGUUACCAGCAGCGGCAUCUGCUAUAUACCGAGCAUGAUAACGGUAGCAAACGCCAUCGCAAUGCUGAUCAAAAAAAGACACGCACGUCAUGUAGGCUCUAAUUUUAAAUGCGCGCUUUGAUGAUUUUGGAUAUUUUCGCCGUGUAGUUGUAUCGAUAUUUUGCGAAGUUGCACAUGUAAAUUGUGGCAGGCUGUGUAAAUAAAGCUAUAAUAAAUAUUAU